AAGUCUGAGGAGGCGCAGACGGAAUAGAGGAAUUGCGUUGGAAAUGGCAUUUUCAGGUAGAAUUAAAAAUAAAGAUGACGGAAUCCGGAGCGCUAAGUUCGACGAUCAUUAAAGUUGUCCGCUUCCUGUCUCAGGUCGGAAGUUCGUAGUGUCCUGAUGGCAGCAAUGCGGAUUGCUACCGAACUUGUAUCCAAUCCCAGUUGCUCGCGUACAAGUACCAGUACUGACAUGGAGUGUACGUAGGGAUUCAUAUCACAAUCAGAAGUGCCGCGGGAAGUGUCAUCACAGAAGUACGCUAUCAACAGACGGAUGUUUGUUCAUUUUCAUUAGAUUCUCUUGCGAUUCCACUGCUUUUUGGAUCUCAUACCGUACGAUCAAUCAAUUCCGUUGACACAUCAUUUUCCUGACCUUUCAGGGCAUUCUUGUCUUCGGUCUAUUAUUUAUGUAUUUUCGAACUGCAGUAUUUGAUCCAGUCCAAUUUCAUACCGUACGAUAGUGAAGAACAGUUACGGUAAGUACCGGCCGGCACGGGAUGAUUUACACUAGUUGAUUGGUAUCGGAUCAGAUCACACCACAUGGUCUUUCCAUGCCGUACGUACGGUACGAUACUGGGUGCCGGAUGUCACACAACUUCUCCUGGAUUGCUGAAUCUGAAUUUUCAACUGCCUACCGUAUGAAGAAACAAGAUACCCAACCUUUGUUUCUUACAUUAUCACUUACUCAUCCUUCUGCCCUUUGAUUCCCAACACGUUUUGGCAGAUUGUAACUUUGACACCACUCUUCUUGGUUACCGAUUUCACAGAUCUGAAGGAACGUACUAACCAGUACAAAUUCAUUGAGAAUACAAAAUCUUGACAAGGGAAGGCAUCCACAGAACAUCACUGGUUUGUAUCCAUCUUCUUAGAACAAUUUUUAUUCUCGCGUGACUCACGCAUCAAGCUGACCCAUCAGAGCAGAGCUGAGAGGGAAAAUCUAUCCCUCCAUCGGCUGUCUCGGCCUUCCUUCUUCCUUUGGGUGCACCUACUUUACGAUACGCCCCAUCAUACUACGGUUCGGUACGAUCCUGCACAUCGCAAGAAGAACAAAUUAAAUCAUUGAUCAUUGCAUACUGAUCUCAAAACGAAAUUCCAUCCAUCCAUAUUGGAAUUCAAUCAAGGAACAGAAAUUAAAAAAGGAUCAAGUACUUCAGCUAUAAUGCCAACGCUACCAAACGAAAAAUCAUCUUUGCUGCCCAGCACUACCGGUAUCUCCGACGAAGACGACAAUAAUGAAGGUGAAUAUCGCAUCUCGGGCUACGAAGGAGACUAUGAGGACAGCAGUUUUCCCACUCUCGUCAAGCGGCGGGAUUCCUUUUCGCAGAUGAAAAUGGUGACCCACAACGACCCAUUGCUUCUGUCCACUCAUAAAUACGAAAGUGCCGAGGAUUUCAGCAAAUUUCUGGGAUCGACAAGUCUCCUGAAAAAUGGAAUCGAGCAGGGCCUCGCCGCAAAGGACAAGAAGAAUUCAUUCCACCGAUCCAGGUCGUCGAGCUUCACCAUGACACUAGAAGUAUCACCGGAAGCAGGCAACGGCGAUGGUUCACAUAAGAAAGAUUCGUCGUCGGAUAUCGCCCAGCCUGUCAUCGAAUACUACAAUUCUUCCCAAUCAAAGACAAAAUUCAAAACAACACCGAACCAACAUACUCGGAAAGAACCCCCAGGGAUGCACGAGAGCGAACGACAGCUCAGCCAUAACAGCGAGGUCUUUCGGCAAGUGUCCAUUGUCUACCAGCAGCAAAUUAAAAAACCAACCAAUGUGUACCUCAAAAAAAUCAAGAAAAACUUUUUCGAAGACGCUAAAUCCCUCGCGGAGGGGACGAUUCCCCAAUCUGUCGUUCUAGCCAUUAUUAUUGGAAUUGUCUGUGGGAUUGCCUGCUAUCUCUAUUAUUCGGUGCUCUUCUUCGGCCUUGAGUAUCUGUGGCACACCCUUCCCGAAACUUAUGUCGUCCCCAACUGGGAUCCCUCUCUCCACUGGCUGUGGAUCCCGUUGGUGUGCUUCACCAUGUGCACGCUUGUCGGAUUGACGGUGGUGUACAUGGGGGAACCCGGUGAUCUACCCUACACCAUCUCGCGGGUCCAUUGUGAGGCCUAUAUUCCCAUGGACCAUGUCAGUCCGAUGGUGUUUGCAUCCAUGUUUUCCAUUUUGGGUAAGUGAGAUUGAAGCAAUGCAAAUUUUUGACCAACGGUGCUCCCGCAAAAACAUAUGAUAGAAUGUCAACAGGUUUGAAUGGUUUCUGUCGUUUAAUCACCCUGAAUUUCCUCCUCAUGAAUCCAUUGUAUUGUGUUUUGUGUCGACAAUCAAAUAACUUAUUUGUACCUUUUCAUUCCAAUGUUUGACUGCAAAAAAUCACAUUAAAUGAAUUAAAACCGCCCAGGUGGUGGAUCGCUCGGACCAGAAGCCCCCCUCGUGGCCAUUUGUGGCGCGCUCGGUGGCUUUGUCUCCCGCCGAAUAUUUCGMCAGUCGUCGACGAAUGUAGUCCGGAAACAUACCUUCAUGGGAAUGGCCGGUGCACUGGCAGCCUUUUUUGGUAUCCCACUGGGGGGAUCUCUCUUUGCUCUGGAGGUCUGCAGUCGAUUUGGCGUCGAAUACUUUGAGCACCUCGUAGAGAGCAUUUUCUGCGGCGAGAUUUGCCUUUGGGUCUUUCGAAGUUUGGCCGGUUUGCCCAUUGAACCGAUCUGGAAUUUGACCUCCAUCGCCAACCCGCGUAUGAUGGAAUGCGAACCGCAUCUGAUCGUUCUCGGGGCCCUCAUAGGUUUGUACGGAGCCCUGCUCGCCUACAUUUUCGCCUCAUUUCACUGGAAGAACAUGGAAUUCUUUAGCAAACUGGACCUACUGGACAACAAAAAUGCAGUUUCUCGGGCGUGGUUGGGCAUGGUCUUUAUUGUCAUGGUUAGUGUCUUUAUUCCGCAUACCGGUACGUCACACGUUCGCAACGCGACUUAAAAACUCUGGUGCGCCAGGGAAUCCAAAUGCAAAGUUUUGAACUAACUCAUUUUUUCUAUCAAUUCACUCGUCUCCGAUCAUUCAGCGUUUUGGGGCGAAGAAGAAAUACAGAUCGUGGCAACUAUGGGGCCGUCUAAGGAUCUGCCGAACAUAUGGCCACCGACGGGCCUGAUUGGAUUUGAAAUGGACGGCCCAUUCAAAGUCUUUCUUGUAGGCUGUUUCAAACUGAUUUCGAUCUCCUUCACAGUUGCUGGUGGACUCCGUGGGGGUAAGCAUUUUGUGUUUUCUUGCUUGCUUUUUCGACAAAAUUGUGAUUUAAUCCAAUAGAUAUGCACUGCGACUAAACAGAAAAUGUUCUGUGUUGCAUUCUCUCUCUCGCUAAACCGCGUCGAUGCAUGCACCUUUUCCUUUGCUUCGCUAUGCUUUUUGAAACGAAAAAGGCUAUAUCUUCCCUCUCAUGUGCUCCGGAUCCGCCUUCGGAAGGCUCCUCUAUUUUGUUUUGCCGGAAACCAUCCCCAUGCAGGUAGCAGUGUUGUGCACGGCUGCUGCUAUGAAUGUUGCAAUUACGCGAACCUCGCUGGCAACAACUCUCAUCUUGGCAAUGCUCCCAGGGGAGCCAAUGGCUGUUCCACCAAUUCUAAUGGCCUCCCUCUGUUCGCUGUUUGCGACGUCGUAUAUGGUACGUGGCGCCACGUCAGGGAGCUCAACCGUCUCCGGAAUCACGGAGCUGCUCUCCUUUGUUUUGCUUCGGUCUACUUCAGCGAGAUUCUUGUGGAUUAGUCUAUGGCAGCGACUUCUCUGUCUCACAAAAUCAAAUUUACUUUGUUUUCUAUUUUUCCUCGUUGGACGCUUUGUGCCAUCUUGCUGCAAUCCAAACAAACCACAAACCACAGCCUUUCAUCAAGAGUCAAAUUACACGCAGCGAUAUUGACCACAGUCUCUUCCACGAAGAGCACAACAUUGACAUUGAUAGUGUAUUCACUGACACGGACAACGAGGAUGAAAUGUCUCUGUACUCGAUGCAGUAAAAGCUUUUCAUCUUUUUUUUUGUAUUUGAAGAAUUGAAAAGGUUUCAGACGACUUUAAAAAUCUUUCUAAAAGCAUUUUGUUUGUUCAGCCAAAAUCUUCCGUGAUACCUUUGAAUGGAAGACGAAUAAUAUGAUCCUAAAUUA